GUUACCGUAUCAGGUGGAUAUUUUGUAAGUCUCAAUCGAUAAAAAUUCACGAUAUCAGCUUGGAAAUAUGCAAAUUUACAGACUACCAUUUUGAAUUGUGUUUAAAAUUGGAGCAUAAACAACACCAUCCGCAGUUGAUGUACCUCAGUGCAAAUGUGUAUGCGUAUUCUACAACCAUAAUAUUAUAAUGUCCAUAAACUAUUCAACUCUUAGAAAUUGGCAUGUCUACUGAAUAAGCACGCUGCAUUAUUGACUUUUGAAAAAAGAAAUUUCCCUAGUUUAUCAUAAAUACCUGCUUGCCUAUAGGACAACUGUGUUCUCAUACGUCAAAUCUUUAUUUUUUCUGGAGAUAUUGUGUUGGAGACGGUCCUGUCUCUGAGCGCCACGUCCUGGCUGCUGGUGAUAGUGGGCGUGGUCACACUUAUUUACUUCCUGACAUCCGAGAGGGACAACAGAAAACUUCCACCAUCUCCAGGCCUGGCUUUGCCCAUUGUUGGACAUCUGUACAUGAUGAAGAAAAACCCCAUAGAGCUUUUGCAGAAAUGGAGAGAAGAGUUGGGUGACAUAUUCAUGCUUCGAAUGGGCAGCACUAACAUGGUGUUUCUGAACGGCCAUGAGGUACUGAAAGAGGCGCUGGUCAAAAAGGCAGACGUGUUCUCAGACAGACCUCUGGCACCUCUCAGACAUGUCCUAACAGAUGUGCAUAGUGGUAUACUAUCGGCGUCUGGCCCCAACUGGAAGGAACAAAGGACCACUUCCCUAGCCAUUCUCCGAGAGUUUGGGAUGGGCAAAAAUAUACUGGCGGUCAAGAUAGCUGAAGAGGUGGACGUGUAUGUGAAUGAACUCCGCAAACACAAGGGACAGCCCACAGAGCUGAGGUCAAUCACCACCAUGAGUGUGUCGAAUGUCAUCUGCGCCAUUAUCUUUGGCAGGCGGUACGAACUGGAUGACAAGCGGUUUGCCAAAAUGGUGUACAUCUUCAAAGAAUUGCUGAGGAGAGGGAAAUCGACAGCGCUGUUUCAGUUUUUUCCCUUUAUGGUAUACUUGCCUUUCGACGUGUUUGGUGAAAAGGACAUCAUUGCUUUGUUUAAGGAAACUCGAGAGUUUACGGAGAGUGUUGUGAAGGAACGGCUGGAAGGAUUUGACCCGGAGGUCAUGGAUAGUUUUGUGGCAGCCUACAGGCGAGAUAUGGAGAAAAAACAGGACUCAGGUGUCCACACAUAUCUAGAUGAAAGAAAUCUUAAUUGUGUGAUUACCCAUCUGUUCUUUGCCGGCACAGAAACAAUCGCUUCUACGACCUUAUGGUGCUAUCUUUUCAUUCUGCAUCAUCCUGAAGUGCAAGAAACAAUUUACCAAGAAAUCUGUGAACACGUCGGAACAAACCGAGCACCGACCGUUCAGGAUAAACCCAAACUGAAGUACUUGCAAGCCGUCAUCUAUGAAACUCUUAGAAGAGCCAACAUCGUACCCUUAAGCCUGACCCACAUGGUCACAGAGGACACUGAACUCAGAGGUUACGCCAUUCCCAAAGGCGCCACCGUAGUGCCCAAUCUGUACUCUGCCCUCAUGGAUGAAAAAGUCUGGGGAGAUCCUCAGAACUUCCGGCCAGAGAGAUUUUUGGACUCCCAAGGGAACAUUGUGAAGAAAGAACAGCUGAUCCCAUUUUCAUUGGGCCGGAGAGUGUGUCUAGGAGAAGCCCUAGCCCAGAUGGAGCUUUUCCUGUACCUGUCCACAAUGUUCCAGCGUUUUGAGUUCCUGCCCGCCGACCCGUCCAACUUGCCUCCGAUCAAGGGCGUGUUCGGGAUCACAAUGCCACCGGAACCAUACCAGAUCAGAUGUGUGGAGAGGAAGUAGUUUAACAAUAGCUUUCAAAACGAUUAACGACAAGUAUAUUUCUAUUUUCUUGUACAUUUGUUCAUUUUUAAAAACCAAGUUUGCCCCCACUUGGGGUAGCAUGGUUAGUUGUCGUAUCUCUAACUCUAACAUUCGACGCUAAUAUGACCUGACUUAAUUGAAGAUCAACUCAAACGAGUUCAACACAAGCGGGGUCGACUGUAAUUAUACGUUGCUCCAAGCUUUUACAAUUUGUUUCAAUAAAUGAAUAAAAUGCUGUUUUCUCUUCUGCACAUUU